AUGGAAGAAACUCAAUAUUCGCUAAUAUUGUUAGUGUCUUCAUCAGGUAGCAGACCAUGGUUGUCGUCUGAUUACAGUGAAAUAUUCAAAUUCUUCUGUGGGCCUCUUCACCUGUCUUUCUCUGUUUGUGACCGCCAUAAAAAGUUCCAUUUCAUUUUAUGUUUUGUUGUCUUUUUCUUUUUCUUUGACAAAUAUCUCCUUUUUCCUUUCUGUCUUUCAUUCAUUUUUUUUCAUUCUUUCUUUUUUCUUUCAGAAAUAUCUCGUUCGUUUUCCUAUUCUUUCUUUCUUUCUUUCUUUCUUUCUUUCUUUCAUUCUUUCUUUCUUUCGUUCGUUCGUUCAUUCUUUCUUUCUUUCUUUCUUUCGUUCGUUCGUUCGUUCGUUCGUUCUUUCUUUCUUUCUUUCUUUCUUUUUUUCUUUCUUUCUUUCGUUCGUUUUUUUCUUUCUUUCUUUCGUUUUUCUUUCUUUCUUUCAUUCGUUCGUUCGUUCAUUCAUCCUUUCUUUCUUUCGUUCGUUCGUUUGUUCUUUCUUUCGUUAUUUCUUUCUUUCUUUUUUUCUUUCGUUCGUUCAUUCUUUCUUUCUUUUAGAAAUCUGUACUCUUUUUUUCCGAUUUUUUGGUUUGUUCUCUUGUUAGCUUGUUUAUUUUUUUCUUUCAGAAAACUCUACUUCAUUUUUCCAUUCUUUCCUUUCUUUUAUUCAUUCUUUAUUUAUUUAUUUAUUUUAUUCUUUCUUUCUUUCUUUCUUUCUUUUACAAAUCUCUACACCAUUUUCCCCCAUUUUUCUUUGUUUUUUUCUUUCUUUCAUUCUUCUUUUCGCAAUAGCCACAUCAUUCUUUUAUUCUUUCUUUCUUUCUUUCUUUCUUUCAUUCUUUCUUUUAGAAAUAUCUAUAAUCUUUUCCAUUCUUUCUUUUUUUAUUUUCUUUCUCUCUCUCUCUCUUUUAGAAAUAUCUACUUCAUUUUUUUCUAUUUUUUCUUUUUCUUUGAGAAAUAUUUACACGUUUACCAUCUUUUCUCUUUCUUUUUUUCAAAAGAAAGAAUAAAAGAAUCUCUACUUCAGUUUCUUCAUUCUUUCGUUAAGAAAUAUCAAUUUUUCCAUUGUUUAUCGUUCGUCCUUUCUUUAAUUCUUUCAGCAUUGAAAGCUUCUUUAUUUCUUUAUUUCAUUUACAAGUUUUUCUUGGUAUUUCCCUCCUUUUUGUUCUGUCUUGCAGUCUUUGUCCAUAUUUUCUCUUUCACAUAA